UUUAAGCAGUAUUCGCUGGUACCAUUCAGCUAGCGAGCGGACGUGCAAAAUUCCAGUUAUUCGUGGCAUGUCAAGAUGGCAACUCUAAGGAAUAAAGUUGAGGAUGAAGCCUUUGUUACCUUGACAACCAAUGAUUCGUAUGGGUAUGGGGCUCUUGUCCUUGGUCAGUCUCUACGAGAUGUGGGUACAACCAGGCAACUGGUCGUCAUGGUAACAAAACAAGUCAGCCAGCCAAUGAGGAGGCAGUUAUCCUUCAUCUAUGACGUCAUUCAGCAGGUAGAUCCAUUCGAUAGCCAGGACGCGGCUCAUCUUGCCAUGUUGACCAGACCUGAGCUAGGCAUCACCUUUACUAAGAUUCAUUGCUGGACGCUGACACAUUUCAAGAAAUGUGUCUUCUUGGAUGCAGACUGCUUGGUUCUUCAAAAUGUUGAUGAUCUGUUUGAUCGCGAGGAGUUUUCAGCCGCCCCAGAUGUUGGCUGGCCAGACAUCUUCAACUCCGGUGUCUUUGUCUUCUGCCCUUCGGAAGAGACGUACCAAGGCUUACUACAGUGCGCAGUAACACAGGGUAGUUUUGAUGGUGGCGAUCAAGGCUUGCUAAACACUUACUUCAGUAAUUGGGCCACGCUAGACAUCAAGUACCAUCUGCCCUUUGUAUAUAACAUGACAUCUGCAAUCAGCUACACCUACAGACCUGCAUUAGAAAGAUUUGGCAAAGAGAUUCGAAUAGUUCACUUUAUCGGCACGGCCAAGCCAUGGUUGUACGUCUACUAUCCAAGCACCAACUGGCUAGCACCACCCGAGAGUGGGGACAGUGGACAUGAUAUCGAGUAUGUGAGGAAAUGGUGGGAUAUCUUCCUUACUAAGAUCAGGCCCAAUAUCGAAGAGGAACAGGGAAUUGACUUGUCCGGUAAGUUUGGCAAACUUCGUCUUGAGGUAAGUCCCUUGGGUAGUCCCACAGGGGAAGGGUCUUCAUCCGAGGCCUCUCGCCAGCAGGACUGGGAGAAGGGACAGAUUGAUUACCUGGGCAAAGACAGCUUUGAUAACAUUGCCAAGCACAUGGCUGAGGUGGAGAAGACUGGAGCUAAACCAAAGGUGCCCAAGAAAUAAAAAACCCAUGCCCCAAAAAAGAAAAACUGAAACUCACAAACAAUGCAUUGUGAUGGUUUGGGUUUGUUGUGGAAUGUGGUCUCUGAAAUGGUGCUCUGAAAUCCCAAAUUUGAAUCUGAGUCCAGAAAUCAGUGCUAAGAUAGCCAAAUUAUAAUAACAAGCCAUAACAAACUUCCUGAUAAUACCGUAAAUAAUCAACUGUGCUGUGUAGCAAAUGAAGACACUUAUUAAUUUCCCCUCCCAAGUAAAAAACAGAAGCCAGCAACAGGCUGCCAAAUUUCAUGUGAGGUUUGUGAACGUAUACCCCUGGUAGUAAGUAAACCCUUCAGUGGCUCAGCUAAAUUAUCAUGUAAGUCCAUGAGAUUGUUAUCAUUCUGUUGAAAUAAUAAACAGAAAGUACAGUAGUAUGCCAUACUGACCGAACUUACUUUGUGCUAUCGGCAGGUGCUUUUGGCAAUUAGCGAAAUUUCUUUCCGAAUCUGACAAGUAAUGAUUUAAUUUGAUGUAUUUGAUUUCCAUGUGAUUUCAAAGCCUGAUUUCCAUGCGAAUUCAAGUUCCACUCGAAUCAAAUCUCAUAAUGCGUUUGCUUGGGUCUCAAAAACUUAUCACAGAUGCUAUCUUGAAAUUCUACUCACAAAUCAGGUGAACUAAUACCUGCCUUAUGAAGUAAACUGUGAAACAUUUUACCUUGAGGCAAUCUUUCUUCCAUCUGCAGUAUGGUAGUUUGGUAAAAUUCUUUCACCUUGUAGAGAAGAUUAAAGUUCCAAACAGUAAGCAGACGCUGCUUUCAGUGUUUUGGUUUUGUUUCUGCGUUUGUGUGUGCUUCACAGUUGCUCUUGUGUUAAAUGUUUGUAUGUUUUUAGACAAAAAUUGAUUGGUAAAACAAAUGAUUAUAGAACUUGCUGCAAUCAUGUAGAUUUUCUAUUUUGUUUGCAUUUUUAUGUUGAAACAAAAGUACUUGAAAAGAACUUAGUCUACCUUCAAGAAAAUGAGUGUCUCAAAUUUCUUGAUUUCCUUGUUUUAAUCUAACGUCACAUUUUAUCGCUUGCUGCAUGUGUUAGUUGCAGAAAAUAACUCUGACAAAUAAACAGCUUCCCUUGAAGAUUUCUUUUAGCAAUAUAAGAAACCACAGGAUAUCCGCUGAGUGGGUCAUAAAAAUUUAACAUUUUUUGUUUGAAAUUUUGUUCUCAACUAAGGCAGAGUUUAGUGAACUAGUUCAUUGCUACAUGAUUGAAGAUACCUGUUUGUAUUUUAUCAUUAACUGCGUGUGUUAAUUUUGUGUGGCUAUUACACCUUGUGCUAAGCCAAGGAUAUAAAGCAAUCUAGAGGUUAUUGAUAUGCAUGGAGGGCUGGCUAAACUGUACGUGACAAGACUUAAUCCUGUUCCUGAAUUCGCAUUGUCGGGACUGUGACUGCGCGUUGUCAUGGCUCCCUGCAUUACACUGCAGUACAUGUAUUUUGCUUUUGGUUACCAGUAAUAAAAGCAGUAACUGUAAGCUUAUUUUAGAUGCAUGUAGUCAGUGAAACAAGUCUUUCCAGUCGGUGUGUGUGCAUGUUUUUGAAGGAAUAUUCUGUGUUAAAACUCUCAGACUUGAAAUAGCGCCUUCUUUCACUGCUUUUGCAGAAGUGUUCAUAAACCUUGAAAGCUGUAACUUUUGUAAGAUGCAAAAUAUGGCUACCACAUGACUAAAAACCAUUAAUGACUAUGGCUGAUUGAUAUCCAUAAUGAAUAUUCAAAUAUAUCCAUAAUGAAUAUGCAUACCCUCUUUAAUAUGUAGAGUUGUAACUUGUACACUGUUGCCUUUCCACAUAUGCUUCCGAGCUGUAGAAUAACUUCUGUGUAUAUUCCUUGUAGAGUAGCAUAGCUAUUUUUGUAUACGAAAUCAGUCAAUGCAGGUAGAAUUUGUGAGAAAUGUGUAAAAUAUAUGAUUGGAUGACAGCUGAUGACAGUCUCUACUAUAUCUGGAAUUGGAUGUGCAACAGAAUUUGAAAUUUUAUGUUUAGUGUGCCGAAGUGCGUGGCAUCACGAGGCAUCGCGAAUAAGUAUUAUAUUAAUGAUUGUUGGUGUAUAAUGAUAGUGUUGGAUGAUGAUACUGUACAAUGUUUGCCUUCCUUUUCCUACUGACACAGCGAGCCAGUUCGCAAUAACAAAAAAAGAGGCAAGGUCAUUUGGGAACGAAACAUGCGCUUACGGCCGCGCUGAUAGGUCAGACCACACACGCACGUCCAAAUGACCUCAGCAUGCUUCAUUUUGGGCAUACGCUGUUGAAAGACUCAACUAGCUCAUUCUGUACUGCAUCUCUAGUUUGGUUAUCUCUUGGACUCUGAAAUGUCCAGUAAAUAAGGGGCCUGCUGAUGUACAUGAAUAUUGGUGUGGUUGGGGAUGUUAACAUUCUUCCCUUAGUUUUUGGCAGUGUUUCUUAUCACCUGCUGCAUAAAUAGAUGGUGCUAUAGGAUGGAAGGGAAGUAUAAACUUCAUCUGCACCUUGCUGUGUGUAGAUUGUAGAUGUCAGAGGUCACCGGAAUUAUCCUAAGGAUAGUCACAUCUGCGUUUGGAUUGAGUUGUUCUCUUUAAUCUUUGAGUGGCAGUUUGUUGAUAAUUUCAGUUGACCUCAUCUGAGUUUAUAACAAUCAUCAGUAAUGCCGUAUUUUACUGGUUGACAGAUUUCGGUUAUUCUAAUAAGUAGGUCUACUGAAGUGUGUUGAUAAACACUCCAGUGGAACUGUUAUCAGCCAGAAAGGAAACGGAAACGACUUUGUGUUUUUUUAAACUUCAGUAAUUGUAAUUGUGUGAUCAGAUUGAAGCCACAUAUUUGCCCAUAUUUAUUGAUUGAUUUGGAGUUUUAGACAUUGCCCCUUUGUUUUUCUGAUGAUACGUUUAUUAAUUAAUAAAUCGCGCCCCACGUUACAAGAAAGCAACAGUGCCAUCUUGUGAGUUUGAAAAGAAAGUGUCCCUGUCAAAUUUUUGGAACAGCAUAGGAUAAAAUUACUCGCCCAUGCCCACGAAUACGUGAUCGCAGUUCCAGAAAAUGAUAUGCCAAAUUACCAUUCCCCUUGCAGAACAGCCUAAAAUUGACAAGUACAUUAUAAUAAUUGUGAUGAGAUUUCAAAAUCAUAUUUGAGCUUGGAUUUUUUCACAGCAGGUUCAUGUUAACUUGUUUGCUUAUGUCAUGUAACAAGAAAUAAAGUAAACUGGUAAAAAC